ACAAAUUGCUAGUCUUCAAGCAUCCUACCACAUCGCCACUUCCUGAGCCAGGACCCGUGUCAUGGCGCCUCCAGCAGCGCGGGCUCGCUACAUAGCCAACAAAGCAGACAACCAGGUGCUCACCAAGAAGCCGCCCAAGCGAUUGGGCCUCAACGGCAAGAGCGACAAGGAGGCCGGCAAUAAGAAAGAUAAAGAUGCUAAAAAGCGGAAUAGCAAGCAACCGGGGAGCAAUAUCCAGGAAAAGCCCAACCCGAACCCAAUUAUGCCAAGUGUGAACACUGCCUUCAAGUCUUUUGUAAGCGUCCGGCUCUGCAGUGCCAUUUGGGCCUACAUUGCGGACUGUGACGAGACCUUCAACUACUGGGAGCCUCUACACUACAUCAUCAACGGUCAUGGGUUGCAGACGUGGGAGUACAGUCCACAAUUCGGCCUGCGAUCCUACACUUAUCUGCUCCUCCAGGGCGUACCCGGCUACUUUUACCAGAAGAUCUUCAAUCCGAACCCCAUACUAAUUUUCUACAUGGUGCGAUGCAUGCUAGGAUUCGCUUGUGCCGUGAUGGAACGGUACAUGUAUAAAUCCAUUUGCCGGGAGUUUGGCAUACAUAUCGGUCGGCUGUGGCUAAUUUUCCAGCUCUUCAGUGUGGGAAUGUUCGUAUCUAGCACUGCACUCUUGCCGUCCUCCUUCUCUAUGUACUUUGGGUGCGCUGCUCUGGCCGCCUGGUGGCAGACCCACUACGAACUGGCCAUUUUCUUGACAGCAAUAUCCGCCUUGUUAGGGUGGCCGUUUGCUGCCCUGAUUGGCGUGCCCCUGGUGCUGGAGUUGGUGAUUAGGCGACGGGAGUGGAAGACGUUCGUGCAGUGGACUCUGAUAUCGGGCGCCGUGGUGGCCCUGCCUAUGAUCGCCAUUGACACGAGCUACUUUGGCAAGCUAACCUUCGCUCCAUUCAACAUUGUAUGGUACAAUGUUUUCACUAGCCAUGGACCGAAUAUAUUUGGCACCGAACCACUGAGCUACUACAUCGUCAAUGGUUUUCUCAACUUUAACAUAAUAUGGCUUCUAGCUCUCCAACUGCCCAUCAUGCUGGUAAUGGACUACCUGAUUGUGCCGGCGAAGUCAAAGUCUACGCUCAAUUUUCCCCACUACAUAUCGCUAGCUCCGCUUUAUCUUUGGCUGUUGGUAUUCUUUGUGCAGCCCCAUAAGGAGGAGCGGUUCUUGUUCCCUGUCUAUCCACUGAUCUCUCUUUGUGGCGCCAUCACCGUAGAUGUGUACCAGCGCAUCUUUUUCCGUUUAAAGUCGCUAAUGUUCAAAAUCAAAUCUGGGGUGCAUUACCUCGACCAAAGUAUGUUCAUUGCCAUUUUGGUAAUGGUGACCAGCACGCUACUCGGCCUAUCACGGGUGUUUUCCUUGUACAGGAACUAUCAUGCGCCCAUGGAUCUGAUGCUGGAGCUUCAUCAAUUCAAAGCCACUCCGCAGUACAACCCGGAUAUUAUUUACAAUGUCUGCAUUGGCAAAGAUUGGCAUCGAUAUCCAGGCAGCUUUUUCUUUCCGGCGCAGAACUUUCGACUGCGCUUCCUCAAGUCCGAGUUCCGUGGCAUGCUUCCGGCGUAUUAUGUGAAUGGAGCCAAUGCCACCAAGCUGGUGCAUCCAUACUUCAACGAUCUCAACCAAGAAAACGAGCAUAUGUAUUUUGAUUACGAUCGCUGUGACUUCCUUGUGGACUUCGAUGACGGUAAAUACACUGCCUUGGAGCCCAACUACUCGAAGCGGUCGAAGGAUUGGGCUGUGAUGAAGAGCUUGCCCUUCCUCAUACCGGAUAAGUCUCAUAAGGUGUUCCGAGCCUUUUACGUGCCAUUCCUCACUGACAAUCACAUUCAGUACGGUAACUUCAACCUGCUAAAAAGGAAGCCGAAGCGCAACGGCAGGUGAAGGCUGACCCAGAUCGAAGCACUAAUCUGAUCUGGAGACGUACCAUGACCAUUUUUCAGUGGACUUUUAGCAUUUUUCAGUUUUUCAGCGAAACCAAAGAGUUCUAUUCAACGUCUCUACAAAUAAGUCAUUUGGCUAAAAUUAUUUGGAACAUGUAGUUCCACUCUUUCCACAACAGAAAUAUUGCCUUUUAUAUGAAUUCUUUAUGUACUCCACUAAAGUUUAGAAUCCUACCAAGUAUUUGUUCUAAGUCAACGUUUCAUGUUUUAAUUUUCGAUUGUUUUUGUGUAAGCCAAAGUUGUGAAGAUCGCGCUGAAUCGAAGUAGAAGUUAAGCAAUCAAUAUUACAAAGUAAUGAGAUUCGUAAAAA